UUGUUCGUACAAAAUAUUUCGAGAUGCCUCCAUUAACUGUGGAAGAAGCUGUGCAGCAAUUACAGAAUGUGGAUCAUGACUUCUACGGCUUCCGAAACGAUGAAACAGGUGAGAUAAACAUUUUAUACAAAAGAAAAGAUGGUGGUUAUGGAUUGAUCAUCCCAAAAGAUGGUGGUAAGGAGCAGAGGCUUGAAUCGGUGGAAGCACCGUCGGUGAAAGAACCUUCAGUUUUGGAUCAGAUAAAGAGCUGACUCCCACCGGAAUUGACUGUGUUCUAAUCUCUUUUUUUUAUUUUAUUUAGUUAUUUAUUUUAAUUUUGAUGUUUAUUUGACCAAUUUUGUAUAUGUUAUGAUCUGUAGUGUUGAUAUUUGACUUUUUGUUGUUAAAGAUGUGCAUGAACUGCUGGCAUGGAAUAUUUAUGAAGUGUCGGGCAUUUAAUUUUCAAUUGCGAA